AAUAGCUCUUACAAAAACUUAUUAAUUAUACAUUUCCGACUCUAUUAAACAUUAAAAUAUAACUUACAAGCUCUUAAUUUAUAUCUUUAAAGCUAAAAUAGUUGAAGAACGAUAAGAAAACAUCAAAAAAUGACUUCAAAACUCGGAAAAGUAUCCCCUAUGAAUCACUGCUUCCAAUCACCAAGUAUUAUUAAUAUGUCUGAUCAGUUUUUGAAGCCAGAAACAGGCAGGCGAAGUUUUUCACCUUUCGGUCUUCAUCAGAUUAAAUCCCCAAAUUUAAGUCCAAUUAAUAAGAUUGCUUCACCUGCAUCACCAUUUUUGAAGAAGCGUGAUCCGAAAGAGCGAAAAGAAAGGCUUGAAAAAUCAAAUAAUGAGCAUGUAUUGACUACAAAAAGAAGUCGUUUAAUGGACAAGACACUUAAUGUCAAGACUGUUUUGCAACACUUGGAAUUAUCAAAAUACUUGGACAUUUUCAACAAGGAGGAAAUUAAUUUGGAUGCAAUGUUCACCCUCUCUGAUGAUGAUUUAAAGUCGAUCAAUAUUAAUGACAUCCAGGAUCGCAGGAAAAUAUUGGAUUUCAUAAAUUGCUUCAAGACUCCCAAAAAGCCCACAAGACCUGCCUCAAACACAUUACAUCGCCUUUGAAAAUGGAAAAUUUAUAUCAUAUUGAUUUUGUUUGUGUUAAUUGUUCCUUUUUUUGGAAAAUCUAGUGCUAGCCAUUUUAUAAAAUACAGUAUAGUUCUAAAAUAAUUUUUAUGUCCACAAUUGUGAUAAAUAAAUGUUUAUGUUGAUUUUAA